AGUAUGUCUCCUUCUUCAUAUUUGGGACCCCGACGAACGCGAGAUCUUGGGGAAGAACGGACUCGAAUUCGACUGUCUCGCCACGAAAUUCUGCUGAAGAAUCGCGUGUUUCUGCGGGAGGUCUGAUUCCGCUGCUGGAAUUAGAAGGAGAAACAUCCCAUCGCAAGGACGAGUUUUGAGGCAAGAGGGAAAUAUUAGAAAGUUUGCGAAUCCUGGCGACGUGAGUGCCGAUGAUGGAGACGGUAAAGAUGACGACGGAACCUGGAAUGGAAAUUCCACGCAACAGCUCUGAAAUUCAGGCGAACGACGUGUGUUGGUUUUUCUUUUUCUUUCAUGCGGUAUAUUUUCAUGCUGCGUUUUUGAUUCGCUCCCUUUUCUCUUGGAUGGCAUAAAGGGAUUCUCGUGGAUUUUUUAUGACAUUCCUCGUUUUCAUUUGAUUGCAUAGCUGUAGUCUUAUUUUGUUGGGGCAACGAGUGGGGAGUUUAUGCCGGUUGGUUGGUGUGCGAUUAAAAUAUAUACGCAAUAUUAGCUGUGUCGGUUUGCAUCAUUGUUUUUCUCUUGGUGCGAUUAAUUCGCU